CCCCAGCUGACUAGCAGUACUUGUUUACUGGUGGAGGUACACAGGGAGAGACGAGAGGGGGAAAACCAUACCGCCGACAACACCAGAGAAGUUUUUCCCACUUUCAGCCCAUUCCCACGCCAAUGAGUUCAUCGAAACCGCACACCAGGGUCUCGUGCACGGAUUUGAGUGGGUUUAUGGGCAAACCGCGCACGCGUUGGACGCUGCUCUUUUGAUUAACGUGGAAGAUUAAAACGCAACGCGGCCGUGACGCGCAUACGCUCGCUCGCGCACACACUUCUGGAGCAUUGUGCUGGAAGCAAAGGCUUAAGGGGGACAUCCAGAUUCUUUUUUUAAAUUUUUUAUCGGAAGUCUAAACGCUUUGAAUAUACACAGACGUGUGUGGAUGUUUAAUAUCAGGGACGGUGGCUUUUUUGUCAUUAGAGGAGCAAAAAAAUAUUUUGUGUGUGUGUGUGCAAGCAUGUGUAUAUGGAGAUGAGGAGAUGCCCAUUUUUUUUAAAAUAGAAACAUUUGGCAGUGCAUGAGACGACCUGUGGAAUAACGCCUGUUUCCUGCUUCUUUCCUCAGAGAUGUUAAAAUUCGGGAUUUUUUGACAUCGGGACUCUUUUUGGAAUAUUUAUGUUUUUAAAGCAACCUGGGGUACCUUAUUUUUGCUGUUAUUAUUAUUAACAUAACAUACAUUUUCAAGCUAAAUCGGGUUAUGAAAAAGUUGCAAUGCACUGCACCCUUAAGGGUACCUCAUUCCUAGAAGUGUGGGACUGAUUCCACGGAAGAGAUGCAUGGACGUGUUUCAUGCUUGAUCUACUGAAAGCAAAUAUGAACCCGAGGAAUAGUUCAAAAUGAUUUUUAUCAAUUUAUUUUUUACUAGGGCGCAAGAUCGUGUUGUGUAAUGCUCACGCUGUGUAUGCAACAACUUUAAUUGAACAUUAUUUUCAACUGAAGCACGCUGGACCCCUGGGUCCCCUUCUUGGGGGGUCUCAUUUAAGUUGUCCCCGACAUUUUUUUGCCUGGAUAUAAGCUAAUUAAGGUUUUAUUUUUAUUUUAUUGCUCAACAACCAUUUUUUUUGGACACACCAGAGGUGGAUUUAAUUUUCCAAGAAAACUAAAACGUGUCGCGAGGCAUAAUGCGGCUGGACACAUCUGCGGUUGUUUUGGUCACUUUCGCCUACAUCGUGUGCCUCUGCGGACCUCUACAUGGAGAAAUUUGCCCCAGCACGGAUAUCCGCAACAAUGCGACCCACCUGCGCGUUCUGGAGAACUGCACGGUGAUCGAGGGCCACCUGAAGAUCCUGCUCAUGUUCAAGCCCAGACUGGAGGACUUCCGGGGCUUGAGCUUCCCGAAGCUGGUGGUGAUCACCGACUACCUGCUCCUCUUCCGUGUCUACGGCGUGGAGAGUCUGGGUCAGCUCUUCCCGAACCUCACCGUCAUCCGCGGCAACAACCUCUUCUUCAACUACGCCCUGGUCAUGUUCGAAAUGAUCCAGCUGAAGGAGAUCGGCCUCCACAGCCUGACCAACAUCACGCGAGGAGCCGUACGCAUCGAGAAGAACCCCAACCUCUGCUAUUUGUCCACUCUGGACUGGUCCAAGAUCUCCGACUCUGUGGAGGACAACUACAUCGUGUUUAACAAAGAUGAGCGGGAGUGCGGAGACAUCUGCCCGGGAACCAUCAGGGGCACCAUCACCUGCAAACAAACCACCAUCAACGGGAACUUCGGCGAGCGCUGCUGGAACCAGAACCAUUGCCAAAGAAUUUGCCCUUCUGAAUGUGUCCACGGAGCUUGUACCCCCCAUAAGGAGUGCUGUCACGACCAGUGUCUGGGCGGCUGCUCUGUGCCAGGAAACUCGACCAAAUGCGUGGCCUGUCGUAACUUCCUGUUUGGUGACACCUGUGUGGAGCGCUGCCCGCCGGGCUACUACACCUUCAAGGGAUGGCGCUGCGUGUCCUUUAAAUUCUGCCAGGACCUCCACAACCAGUGCAAAGGCAAGAGCGGUGACUGCCACGCAUACGUCAUCCACAACGGAGCCUGUAUCCCAGAAUGCCCUUCUGGAUACACCACCAUGAACUCAACCUCGUUGAACUGCACACCAUGCACUGGUCGGUGUCCCAAACUGUGUACGGGGGUGAAGACGGUGGACUCUGUCACCGCCGCUCAAGCUCUGCGUGGCUGUACGGUGCUCAACGGCAGUCUGACCAUCAAGAUCAGCAAAGGAAACAAUAUCGCGGCCGAGCUGGAGUCGAGUCUGGGUCAGCUGGAGGAGAUCACCGGCUAUCUGAGCAUCCGCAGAGCCUACGCUCUCGUCUCGCUCUCCUUCCUCCGCAAGCUGCGCGUCAUCCGCGGAGAAACACUGGAGAACGAGAACUUUUCUUUCAAUGCCUUUGACAACCAGAACCUGCGACAGCUGUGGGACUGGCACAAGCACAGCCUCACCAUCGUCAACGGCAGGAUGUACUUCGGCUACAACUCCAAGCUCUGUAAGUCCGAGAUCCUCCGGAUGGAAGAAGUGACCGGGACCAAGGACCGGAAGAACGACAUCAACAUCCCGGCGUAUGCGGACCUGGCCUUCUGUGAAAACCAAGUUCUUAAUUUUACCCAAAUCCGUACGAUGUCCGACAAAAUCCUGAUUAAGUGGCAAGCGUUCUGGCCCUCGGACUUCAGAGACCUGCUGGGAUUCAUGGUCUUCUACAAGGAAGCUCCUUAUAAGAACGUGACUGAAUACGACGGGCAGGACGCCUGUGGCUCGAACAGCUGGGCGAUCGCAGACGUGGAGCCUCCUGAGCGCGGCUCCGAGGGGAAAGGCCAGGGCGAGCCGGGUCUCCUCAUCAUGCCUCUGAAGCCCUGGACCCAAUACGCCAUCAUGGUCAAAACCCAGCUCGCCGCCUCUGACGACCACCUCGUCCGCGGGGCCAAGAGCGAGAUCAUCUACGUCCGCACCAACGCCACCCGACCCUCGGUACCACUGGACCCCAUUUCCUGGUCCAACUCCUCCUCCGAGAUCAUUCUCAAGUGGAAACCGCCCUCCGACCCCAACGGAAACAUCACCCACUACAUCGUCUACUGCCAGAAGCAGGAUGAGGACAUCACGCACUACAAGUUCGACUACUGCCAGCAAGGGAUGAAAGUGCCGUCCCAUACGCCGACGCACCACGACAUCGAGGAAGACCAGAAGUGGAACCAAACAGAGGCGUCCGACCCGAAGGGCGGCUGCUGCGCCUGUCCCAAAACAGAGACGCAGCUGAAGAAGGAGGCCGAAGAGACCGAGUUCCGCAAGACCUUCGAGAACUACCUUCAUAAUGAAGUGUUUGAGCCCAGACCCCACCGACGGCGGCGCUCAGUUGGCGUGGCCAAUGCUACUUUGCCUAAUUUUGCAAGCACAUCAUCCAGCCUGCCCAAGUUUUUCACCACGUCCAGCCCAGAGAAGGAAGAGAGUCUGAAGAUGGAAUUCAGAGCCAACUCCAAAGAGUUCCUGGUAAUCUCCAACCUGGUCCACUUCACCAGCUACCAGAUCGAGAUCCUGGCCUGCAACCAUCCCUCGGAUCUGAACCGCUGCAGCAUGCCCACAUACGUCAACGCCCGCACCCUGCCUGAACUAAAAGCUGACAACAUCAUUGGGAAAGUGACGCAUGAAUUUGUCCCCGAUGAACCGGAAUUUGUCUACAUCAAAUGGCAGGAGCCAAAAGCACCCAAUGGCAUGAUAAUACUGUACGAAGUCAAAUACAUGAGGAUGUCAGAAAACUAUGAGGAUCAGAUCUGUGUGUCCAGAAUCGCUUAUGAAAAAAUGAAUGGCUAUCGAUUACGAGUAGGGCAUCCUGGGAAUUACAGCGUGAGAAUACGUGCCACUUCGCUGGCCAGCAACGGCUCCUGGACGGAGCCUGCAUACUUCUUUGUUCAAGACAGAGACGUGAACAUGAAAAUCAUUAUCGGCCCGCUUAUCUGCUUCAUUAUAAUGCUGUUUGUGGCCACUUCAAUCUUCAUUGUCGUUAAGAAGAAACAAACUGAAGGACCGACUGGUCCACUGAUUGCUUCCUCGAACCCAGAAUAUUUAAGUGCAAAUGAUGUGUACAUCCCAGAUGAAUGGGAGGUGCUUCGUGAGAAGAUCAGCGUUAUGAGAGAGCUCGGUCAGGGAUCGUUUGGAAUGGUGUACGAAGGUAUUGCUAAAGACAUCGUGAAGGGCGAACCGGAGACACGAGUGGCCGUUAAAACCGUCAACGAGUCGGCGAGCCUGCGCGAGAGGAUUGAGUUCCUCAACGAGGCUUCGGUCAUGAAAGCCUUCAACUGCCAUCACGUGGUCCGCUUGCUCGGUGUGGUGUCUAAGGGGCAACCGUCAUUGGUCGUGAUGGAACUGAUGACGCACGGAGAUCUGAAAAGCUACCUGCGAUGUCUGAGACCUGAUUCAGAGAAUAACCCAGGUCGCCCACCGCCAACCCUGAAGGAGAUGAUCCAAAUGGCAGCUGAGAUCGCAGACGGCAUGGCGUACCUCAACGCUAAGAAGUUCGUCCACAGAGACCUCGCUGCCAGAAACUGCAUGGUGGCUGAAGAUUACACUGUGAAAAUUGGAGAUUUUGGUAUGACGCGAGACAUCUACGAGACUGAUUACUAUCGCAAGGGUGGAAAGGGCUUAUUGCCUGUCAGAUGGAUGGCGCCAGAGUCCCUAAAAGAUGGCGUCUUCACCGCUCACUCAGACUGCUGGUCUUUCGGAGUGGUAUUAUGGGAGAUCAGCACGCUUGCAGAGCAGCCUUACCAGGGAUUGUCCAAUGAGCAAGUGCUCAAGUUUGUCAUGGACGGAGGCUACCUGGACAGACCGGAGAACUGUCCAGAGAGAAUGCACAGCCUCAUGCAGAUGUGUUGGCAGUACAACCCCAAGAUGCGGCCCACCUUCCUGGAGAUCAUCGAGAUGAUCAAGGAGGACCUGCAUCCUACUUUCCAAGAGGUCUCCUUCUUCUACAGCGAGGAGAACAAAGCUCCUGAGAGCGAGGAGUUCGACAUGGACUUCGAGAACAUGGAGAGCAUACCACUGGACCCCUCAUCCUAUUCCCAACGCGAGGAGAGCCUCAGUAGAGACAACGGCCCCUCUGUGGGCCUACGGGGCAAUUACGAGGAGCACGUGCCCUAUACGCAUAUGAACGGUGGAAAGAAAAACGGCCGAAUCCUGUCUUUACCCAGAUCUAGUCCGUCCUAACAUUUGCUUCAGCUUUUUCUCUUUGUUUUGUUUUUUUUGUUUUUUAAAGAAAAGUUUUUAAAUGGCUUAUUUUUGCAGAGGCCCUUAAAGAUACAGAUCUCAGGUCUUUUUUGUUGUCGAUGUUGUUGUUGUUGUUUCCGUCUCACGGCUACACUAGUAUGGUUACAAUGAAAACGGACGUUAUUUCGCCCAUCAACCGACACACACCAAUCGCUUUCUGACACUUUUACACUUUUGCCAAGUUUCCAAGACAGUUUGGUUGGGCGGUGGGGAAAAGCAAACUGUGAACAUGACUAAAUCAACCAGAAAAGCUGCUUUGGCUACAUCACCUCAAAGUCCACUUCCUUCUCCCUCGGAUGCUUAUUUCCUGUCUCUCUAAUUUUUAUUUUUAAGUGGAAAUCUGUUAAGAUAGUGGCCUUUUAUUAAGUGGCCUAUAAAAAGAGAAGUGUCUAUCAAUGCUUGUGUUAAUUUCUUUAGAACAAUGACUUUACAGUGUGGAACUAUGGGAUGGCUUAUAUUCUUUUAGAACAAACCUUUGUUUUGUAAAGGAAUGACUUUUAUUUUGUCCUGGAGAAUUCCUGAAUUCACAUAGAUGAUAUUCACACGGUGUUCUUGUGAAUGAGGUUUAAUUUAUUCGCUUUAUUUUUUUUCUCUGAGCUUUUUACUCCUGUGUCCUUUUUACCGGCUGAAGGAUAUUUAACAGUUAUGAAUUGGACAAAAGAGUUCCUCAGACUGACCAAUAGCUGCUGCUCUGAUAUAUAGUGGGUAUUUGAUUUUAUACAUAUAUACAUAUAUAUAUAUAUAUAUAUAUAUAUUUAAAUAUUGAUUGGUAUCAGUAUUUUAAAUAUACUAUUCACAACAUCUGAACUUUUGUACAUAAUUCUAAUGUCUUUUUCUAAUGUCUUCAUCAGCUUUGCUUAUACAAUAUUUUUUGCAACUGUCUCUUUUCAUGAGCCGUUUAUUUGUUUGUUUGUUUUUUAUAAGCAAAAACAAAAAUCUCAUUAAUUAACGUGCGAGUUGACUCACAGUCAAGUUCCAGCGAACAGUGGGGAGCGUUUUUGGUUUGGCCUAUAUUCAACUGAUUUCAUUUCGUAAUAAUAAUAAUUAAAUAUCAUUGUUAUUAUUAUUUAAAGAUACAAAUAGUUGAUUGCUCAAUUCAAGGGAAUAAACGUUCAAAUUUUCUGUCCUAAAUUGGAUUUUGUAGGAUGUUUAUCAGUUACAUUUUUUGGGAUUCCAAAAGCUGUAGUGGAGAAUGUUUUGGGAAUGUUAUGGAUUGUUUUUUUGUUUUUUUCCUGUGGGAAAAUUUUCAGGUGGAUUUAGGAAGUUGUUGUGAAAGAUAUACUUUACCGAGCGAUUCUAGGUUGUUCGUUUUUCGACAGCAGAAAUAUUCGACCUGGUAAUAUUUAAAUUGGAUCAUUAAAACAUUCCUGUAAUUUAUCCCCGAUCAGGCUCCGGUAUCUGUUAAAGUAUCACAGUGAGUGUAGUUCUCGCACGGCUUCACAUAAUAACGACGUUUACGCUCUAGUUCUGAGAAAGGGAAGUCUUAGAAGACCACAGGGAAAGUAAACUUCCUUAUCUGUCAGAAUAAUGCCGCCUUUUCCCAAAUAAUCCUUUAAAGAUAAAAAGCAGACAGCUUUCGUAGGCAGAUGCUCAAUUCCUCAACUUUGUGCCUUCUCCGAUCGCCAGAGGCAAGAGAAAUGGCGCUUUUACUGGAUCUUGCUUGUCAUCAUCAAAAAUGUGCACAUUUCCUUUGUGUGCGUGUAUAUUUGUGUGUAUUUAUAUUUAUUUGUGGGUAGUUUGGGAGGAAAACGACAGAACGAGGCUGAAAUUCACACAUAAGCUUUAGUAAGCGUGUUUGCCAUUUUAUGCUUUGUUUUUUUUUCUCACCUUGCUCUUUUUUUAUUUUUACCGUAGCCUUUUAACGUAAAUGUUCUCUUUCUUGGUCCCAUUGGCUUAAUUUUAAAUGUACAUAGCAGAAUCGAAGAAAUCAAACGUGCUUGUAUCUUUUCUUGAACUAUUACAAAUCUUUUUCUUUUUUUUUUACUGUAGCAGUGAGCAGAUUUUUUUUUCCUAAAUAACAAGAUAACCAUAUAUUUGAAAAAGCAAAUAUUGAUCUUUUAUUUAUUCUAUAAACCUCAUAAUUAUGUAAAUCCCUGCUAACUUUUAUUUCAAUACUCUAAGGCGGGUAAAACUAGUCUUUUAGUUGUUUAUUUUUUUCCUUAAAGAGAGUAACAGCUGGCGAGGUCACGAACGCAGUUGGUUUAUUAGCGCUAAUGUCUUUCUGUUGGUUGUUUGGACACAGUCUACCUCAGUAUGUUGUUAGAAAUGUUUUAGAGCUAAGUGCAUCUCUCUUUAGUUGUUUGAAUUUCUUUAACAGGCUUGUUUUGGGGCAGCAAAAACUAUGUCCGCAAUCCCAAAUUCGGCCACUAGAGGUUCUGUCUCACAAUUAUGAUUACGGAUCACUUCCCUUUACUCGAUUUUAAUUUUGGAGAAAGCUUAGAACCCAAAGAUUCACUUUAACGGGUGAUGUCUUUCUAUCAAGUCAUUUGAAAUACGCAGAGCAGUUACGUUUAUCCAAAUGAAAAAGAGUACGAAAAAGAGUAUCACUAAGGUACAACCUUGAGUAUGCGGGAAAACUGGUUUUUAAUUUUACGGUACAUUGUUUGGUUCUGCUAAUCUGAAUGAGGUAUUAUAGAGUUUUAUUUGUUUGUCUAUUACAUGAAGCACUUAUUUGAAUAAUACAAUAUUUUUCGUAAAGCCACUUGUUAAUUUGCAAACGUUUUAGUAUGCAUGUUUUCUGUGAUUUAAGCUCAGUUUAACCUUUGAAGUCAGUUCCUGAGAGACUACUGAAUCACAGUUUGUUGCGCAUAAAUGGCCCAAAAACAUUUUGCGAAUUUUUUUUUUUUAAUGAUUGCAUAUUAAAAAUUGGCUAUGUAGUUACAGUGGGCAUAAAACCAUUUGUGAUUCACUAGGUGAAACGGCUCUUCUUCGCUCACUGCAGUAUCUUAACGAACAAACUUUCUGAUGCCCCAAGUUAAGUAGUUUCACAUACAAAAACUUUUUUUUUUUCUUUUUGGUUUGCACCAACUGUGAUUGUCAAUGUCUUUUGUUUGUUCCAUGUGUUUUCUACUGUGAAAAUUUCUAUCAAUGCCAUAGUUUAUAGUAAACACGGACUUCACCUGCCUCUCCUUACACAUGCAUUCAUAAAUACUCUCGCGGACAAUCCUAUGUGCCAUAGAAACGUUUUAUUUUCCUCAGGGAGAUGUGAGCGUUGGGUUUUGUUUAUCUGGAGGAGCGUCAAUUUUAUCCACUGCUAGCUUAAUCGUACGAGAAGAACGGAUGGAAAACUGCAAAAACGAUGCCUUUUGGAUGCCAGUCGUGCAUCUCUAAAGCAUUUCGCAUCUUUCGUUGCCUCUCAAUGUGUUUCGGGGAAUAAAUUGAGCGCCCCCUGGUGGAUCCAUAGUGCCUUGCACAAACCUAAGUAUCCUCCAAGCCAAACCUGGCCAACAAACUCCCUGGAACGGAUUGUUUUUCACCCAACAUCCUCAAAAUACUGGAGCCUAUUGUACAGAUUUCUCGACAGGUUAGCACAUCUUUGGCUCAAUGCUUGGCUCAGUUUUACUGUAUUGUUAUAUGUGAAUGAUAUUCUUUUAUUUUUAUUUUUAAUUAAGCUGAACUUGUCUCUUCUUGGAUAUGCUAAGGCUUGCUUUGUGGCUUGACAAACCGCCUAAUGUCGUACGAUUGAUUCACUGUUACCCAAAACAACAACUUUGGCAGCUCUAAAUUGAGAGAAUAUAAUUUUGAUGAAUGACCUUAACCUAGUAACAAAAACCCUAAUGCGGUUUCCUACAGCAAGCUAGAAAAGCAGAACAGGUCGAGCGCAAGGCAUUGUAUGUAUUUUAUUGUUCUUAAAAGGAAAAAGUAUUACACUUAGAGAUAUUAAUUUCUAUUUUUUUAGUCCAAAUAGGGAGGGCAAAUUCAAUUACUUUUUUGACUGUAAACUUUUACUAUUCGUGUACAUUACGGAAUUAACAUUAUCAAUGUAUAUAGAUUUCUUUUCGAUGAAAUUGUGAUGUCUUUAGUUCAUGGCAUUACACUGUGAUUCAGAGAUAUGAAUGACAUCGAUUUUACUCUACAAACUGAUCGGAUGACGAACCGUUCAGAGGUUUGGCCUACAAUGAUGUUCUUUGUAUGACAUUGCAUUGUUGUUUUUUUUGUUUUUCAUGUACAACUACUUGUUUGCCAUCCAAGAAAUGAUUGCAUAUCCUUUGUCAGCAUUUUGUAUUUGUAAAUUGUUACCCUUUUCUUUGUACAAUACGGACAAUUCCUCUACGUUCAUGAAGGUGACGUUUGAAUAAACAAUUGUUUUUCAAUGUGAAAAACUG